AUGGAUAAAAUAGAUAAAAUUGCAUCAUACAGUAUACGACUGACUGUAAACAUUGUGUCUCAGUGUCAUAUUUACAGUAUAUUGUCGCAGGUACCAAGAUCAGUCUGCAGUGAGAGCUGCCUUCAAGGGACUCGUAAGGCCAUUGAGAAAGGGAAGCCAGUCUGCUGCUUUGUCUGCAUCCCCUGUGCAGAGGGAGAGUUCAGCAACACUACAGAUUCAGUGGAGUGUUCUAAAUGCCCUUUGGAAUACAGAUCAACUGAGCAUCGCAAUCAGUGUAUAAUGAAAAACAUUGAGUUUCUGUCUUAUGGAGAAUUAAUGGGAAUACUAUUAGUCACAUGCUCUGCAUUUGGAACUUCCCUAACGAUAGCAAUAGCUGUUGUUUUCUUCAGAUACAGAUCUACCCCAAUUGUAAGAGCCAAUAACUCUGAACUGAGUUUUCUUCUGCUCUUUUCGUUGACUCUGUGUUUCCUCUGUUCACUUACUUUCAUUGGCCAGCCCUCUGACUGGUCCUGUAUGUUGCGCCACACAGCAUUUGGGAUCACAUUUGUCCUGUGCAUCUCUUGUGUUCUGGGGAAAACAAUAGUGGUGUUAAUGGCCUUUAGGGCUACACUGCCAGGCAAUAACAUCAUGAAAUGGUUUGGACCCACACAGCAGCGGUUAAGUGUUCUUGCUUUCACACUUGUACAGGUAUUGAUUUGUGGUCUCUGGUUGAUAAUAUCACCUCCUUUUCCAAACACAAAUAUGAAUUACUAUGCAGAUAGAAUCAUUCUGGAGUGUGACCUUGGAUCUGCAGGAGCAUUCUGGGCUGUGUUAGGGUAUAUAGGAUUCCUCUCUGCCAUGUGCUUUGUGCUUGCUUUCCUGGCUCGGAAGCUGCCUGAUAACUUCAAUGAAGCCAAAUUCAUUACAUUCAGCAUGCUCAUAUUCUGUGCUGUCUGGAUCACCUUUAUCCCAGCAUAUGUUAGUUCUCCAGGGAAGUUCACAGUGGCUGUGGAAAUAUUUGCUAUUUUAGCUUCGAGCUUCGGUUUACUGUUCUGUAUUUUUAUGCCAAAAUGUUUUAUUAUUUUAUUAAAACCUGAAAAAAAUAGCAAAAAGCAUUUAAUGCGGAAGAUGCCUUCAAAAGCAUUGUAAGCCACAUUUAAAAUGUAUUAAUUUCUGUUUUAAAGCACAUUACAAUUCUGUGUACAUACUGUAUAUUCAACACACGAGGACUAAAUAUUUGAAUAACUCAAGGACACUGUACAUAGUGACACACAAAAAGACAAAAAGUACAAAAAAAAACUAAAAGCAAAAAUAAACAUGAACAUACAGGAUAGAAUUUAGGGCAAACAGACACAGACCCUAGUAAAAGGUGAGUUUUGAGUUUAGAUUUGAAGAGAGUCAACACAUUUGUCUUUCAAAGAGUUGGAUGACCAUAUCAAAGUAGAAGCAACAGAAAAAAAAGUUUGAAAUUGAUCCUACGAUACAAUGAGUCAAGGACCAUAAUCAACUGAAUGAAGCCUACAGGAGGGAGGGUGAACAUGGAGAAUUUCAGAGAUAUACAGUAUGAUGGAACCACAUUAUUUAAAGCCUUAAAAGGUCUUAUAUGGAGUGACUUUAUAGGCAACCAAUGCAGAGACUUCAGUGUAGAAGUGAUAUACUCCCAGGGUCUGGUGUGAGUAAGUAGUCUGGCUGCAGAGUUCUGAACGUAUUACAAGUUGUUGAGAAGUGAGUUAGGGAGCCCAUAGAGUAAAGAGUUGGAGAAAUCAGGCCUUGAUGUUCUAAAUGUAUUACAUCAAUUAACAUUAUUACAUUAUCGAAUCGGGCGUUCAGCAUUAGACAUUGAUGGGAAAUGCCAACCAGAGUUUGAUGUCACACGUGCAAGUGAUAAGCUACAGAGGUAGGAGGUCAGAGGUGAAAAAAACAUUUUAACGUAAAUCUGAGAAUAUUCGCAUAAGAAUGAAACUGAAGACUAUGUUUGCAUACAAUCUGACCGUGAUGAAACGUAUAAAAAAUAUAGAGCAAUGGGCCCAGGAGUGAACCCUGAGGCACAUCAUGAU